AAACUCAACUGCAAUUAGAGCAGAGGUGCGAAGGCAUGAAAGCUUGCAAAAAACUCUAAAUAAGUUUCUCAAACAGCUGGAGAGGGUUGAAGACCAGCAGAUCAGGACAGGACUAAAGGUUUUUCUGCAUAGCAUACAAGAUCACUGAAGGCGUGAUGGAUAGACUCUCUGUGAGGACAUUAGGAUUUCUGUCUGUGGACUUUCCAUAACCAUCUCCACUGUUCCAUGUGUCAUCCAGACUGACUUCUGCGAUUCACUCUUCACAGGUGGAGCAGGUUGGUGAUAUGCCUUGAUGUGAGGGUAACAGCUCUGCACGUCUCCCAGAUAUAAUUCUACUCUGUUUCGUCCUUGACGUGUUUUUUUUCUCUUCUGAUUUCUAUUGUGUCCAUUGUCAUUUUUUGCCUUUGAAACUGCAUCUUGUUGAAUGUAGUCAAUGAAAUCAGGAGCAUGCUUUUCAUGCAGGUGUCGAGAAGUGGGCAUAUGUCUGCAUGCUUAAAAUAGGUGUGAGAGGACUCGAGAACAGCAAUACGGACAGAAUGACAUGGAACCUGAGGUUUGUGAAGAAACGCAGUGGUUUGCAAGAGCACAAAAGACAUUGAGAGAAUUUUUGUUCACUCGGGGUCACGCUUCAUCACUUCUCUUUGACAUAGUUGCCUGAAUUUCUUUCUGUCUGAUGGAUUUGCUGUAGAAGCCAUUGAACAAGUGAUUGUUUUGUGCUUUAAAUUAAUUUCCUUCUGAGAUUUGUUGGGAAAUUCUGGACCACAUGAACCGAACCGGCCCGUCGCAGUCAAAAACCACCUACCUUAUCUCCCUUACCCUUGUAAAAGUAGAGACCACUGAGGAACAUGAAUUGGAGAAGCGCAGGCAGACUUUGGAGGAAACGGGGUGUGAUGCUAGUGAAACGAAGCAUCUUAAACACACUGAAUCCAAUAAUGAAGGCCAGGAAUGCCAGAAAAGAGCUGAGGCUGUGGAGCUGGAGGCUGGAGAAUCCAUCAAAUUCUCAGUAGAACAGGAACUACUCCAAAGCCCGAGGGAGGACAAAGCAAUUUUUACAGAUGGUGUUUGCCCCAGCGAUAGGCAAAAAUCAAUAAUCUCACCCACCACAGAAAAUGGAAGAGCCAGAGAAUCCACUGGAAUCUCUCAAACCAAGGUUCCUCGGCAUCUCGGUGAUAUCCCAGUUCGUGCAACCCAACGACCUGUGUCUCUCCUAAAAGCUCACGGUAGUAGUCGUGAAUUCAAGGAGUCCAGAGAUAGCAUCCAUGCCUCCUCGAAAAGCCUUGACCAUAAGGACAGUCGGACCAGGAUUCAGUCUCCAAACAGCCCCACUCCUGGAUCUUUCCGGGCAUCAUGGGCUGUAAGUGAGGUCAAACCCUGUGAUGAAGACCUUAAAGGAGGUGUUGGGAUGAAGAGGCCCACUGACGGUGAUAUAAUAGCCAUGCGAAUCCAAAGUCCUCGAGCCGAGAGAUUAAAGGCAGGAUCUACAUCUUUGCCAACCCCUGUCGCCUUGAUAUCCAAGCCUCAACGCAAGGGAAAGAGUCGAACCUUGGACAACAGUGACCUGAAUUGUCUCUCGGAGGACCUCCUGAAGAGCAAAGCUGGCCAAAUGACAUCUGACUUUAGAACAGCUCACUCCCAGGGGGCUUCGGCACGUGAUCGCAAGAUGCUGAGAUUUAUUAGUGGCAUUUUUACUAAGAGCACUCCAGUGGCAACCAGUACGACCAUUGUGACCCCAAUCUAUAGCUCCAUUCAGAGGGAAUCCAGCGAGGAGGAAGCUUCAUGCGCCAAUAGCCAGGAAUGGACCCUAACCCGUACUAUUCCAGAGCUGAGAUUGGGGGUUCUGGGGAGCCUUCGCAGUGGAAAAUCUGCACUGGUAAACAGAUUCAUCACAGGAAGUUAUCUUCCUCUUGAAUCGCAUGAGGGUGGAAGAUAUAAAAAGGAGGUGUUGGUGGAGGGACAGAGUCAGUUAUUGCUGAUCCGAGAGGAAUCUGGCCCUCCAAGUGCACAGUUCUGCAACUGGCUCGAUGGCAUCAUCCUGGUUUUUAGCCUGGAAAAUGAAGCAAGUUUCCAGGAUGUGUACAAGAACUACAGUGAGCUAAGCGCACAUCGUAACAUAGUAGAAAUCCCCAUUAUAGCGGUUGGAACACAAGAUAAGAUUAGUAGCACUAAUGCCCGUGUGAUUGAGGACAAGAGAGUACAACAGCUCUGUAUAGAUGUGCGCCGCUGUACUUACUAUGAGACCUGUGCCACCUAUGGACUCAAUGUGGACAGAGUAUUUAAUGAAAUGACCCAGAAGAUUGUCUCAGCCAAGAAGCAAGCCGCCCAUCUGGCCUCCUGUAAAUCACUCCCAAACUCCCCGAGUCACUCUGGAGCCUCAACUCCAAUAUCAGGGCCAGGACAGGCCAGUAAUGGGGCUCAGAGUAGCGAUUAUCCCUCCUCUUUACCUUCUACCCCUGUCAUAAGUCACAAAGACAUAAGGGGUGGGGCAGGUGGAGACGGGGGCUCGCAACGAAAUCUGCCCCGACGACGGACCUCUUUAUUUGGGAACCGUCGUGGGAGUGACUCAGAGAAGAGAGCGUCUGAUAGCAGAGGUGACAUGAGCAGUCGAUCAGUUCUUAUAAAACAGGGGACUUUGUGGAAACGUAGUGAGCGCUCUUUAAACAAGGAAUGGAAAAAGAAGCAUGUGACGCUGUCAAACAGUGGCAUGCUAACGUAUCAUUCAAAUAUAAAUGAGUAUUUGCAGAAUGCUCAAGGGAAAGAGAUGGAUUUAUUGCGAGUAACAGUAAAGGUACCAGGAAAACGUCUUCAUCGUGCAGCUGCUCCUGGUGGCCCAUCCCCUGGUCCUGCACUUGUUCCUGUGCCCGGGGUUAAUGGACUUAGUAAAGACAAGCAGCCAUCUGAAGGGGGCGCUGCAUCAAAUCUACUGACUGUAGAAGAGACCUCCAGAACUGGUUUGUCAUUUCAUAGCGACCAAAAGGUGAAACGUUGCCCAUCAUCUGUGUCUAAUAAAGGGCUAAGUGUGGACUCGAGCGUUGAGGGGGCUACAAGUCCGCCUUUAGGAAAAGACCACAUCCCGUCUUCUCCAAUGACUGACAGGAAGAAGAAAAAACGAAACAGGAGUAUUAACUUGAAAGGGGACGCAGCGGCCGGGCAGGCAGAAGAUGAGGAGAGUGCAGACUUCAUCAUCAUAUCGAGUACAGGACAGAGCUGGCACUUUGAAGCCCAGAGUCAAGAGGACAGAGAUGCUUGGGUUCAAGCUAUUGAAAGCCAGAUCCUUGCUAGUCUACAGAGCUGUGAGAGCAGAAAUAAGGCUCGAAGGAGUAGCCAAAACGAAGCUGUUGCUCUGCAGGCCAUUCGUAAUGCCAAAGGGAACGACCUUUGUGUGGACUGUGAAGCACAAAAUCCAACAUGGGCGAGUCUUAAUCUUGGGGCUCUGAUCUGCAUCGAGUGUUCGGGUAUACACCGCAACCUAGGGACGCACCUGUCCCGUGUCCGCUCGCUGGACCUGGACGACUGGCCCAGCGAGCUCACGAAAGUGCUUACGGCUAUAGGGAACCAUAUGGCCAACAGUAUUUGGGAAACCUGUACACAAGGAUGCCAAAAGUUGACACCUGAAGCAACAAGAGAGCAGAGGGAGUCGUGGAUCCGUGCCAAAUACGAACAGCGUGCAUUUGUGUCGCCCUUGCCCGCUCAGUGUACAGAGGACUCAAUGUCAACUUGGUUGCUCAGAGCAGUGAUUGAUCGGGACCUUCCAAGACUUCUGCUGCUGCUUGCACACAGUAACAAGGAAGUGAUCAACAUCCCACCUGAUGGAGCAGCGCAGCAGCAUCACAGCGCAUUACAUGCCUCCUGCCAGCUGGGGGACGUGGUCAUGACGCAGCUGCUGGUCUGGUAUGGUAGUGAUGUGAAAUCAAAGGACCCGCAGGGCAGAACUGCUUUGACGUUGGCACGCCAAGCUGGGAGCAAGGAGUGUGCUGAAAUUCUUCUGCAACACGGCUGCCCAAAUGAGAUCUCUCCCACCACCCCUACACCCAUUCUGUCUCGCAAAAGUAGCAUCAAAAGCCUCGGACGUGUUAAUUCCAGGAGGAUGGUCUCGUAACCCAUGUACCUUCAUGAUCAUAUGAACAUUCCUGCAUUUCGACAAAAACAGGGCAUUUUUAUUUCUUCAUACGAAGUUGUGUGUUCUGUGCAUCUGUGAAUUUUUGUCCCAAGACAUCUCCAAAAACGCUGUAUUUAUAUACAUGUAUCCUUACGGAUUCCUCAGAUAGGGAUAAAUAAAAAAAGAUGGAAAAACUCUUAAUAGUCCAUACUAGAACAAGCUUAGAACGACAGCUACAAAAAUGCCUUUUUUUAAAAUAUGGAAACUGUUUUAACAACUAAAAAGCAAUAUUAUUUAUAAUAUGCUGAUUAUAAUGUAAUAUAGAUGCAUUACAAGGUCAAAUGUAGCUUGAGAGUUUCCCAAAGCAAUCUGAGGGAAUGUAUUUACCAUUAUGACUGUCAUUACCAUUGUUCUUUAAAAUAGACAUCAUGGCUGAGGGUAAUGUAAUGUAAUAUCAUGUUUAUAUGCAGAAGAAAUAGUAUUUGUCAUUGUAUAUCAUUUCUAAAUACCAUAAACAAUAAACUCUGAUCAAACUGUU